AUGGACCUUGAUAAGUCUGUGACUUCGCUGCCCCGAGCCGAAUCUCCCACAACCCAAGGCCCUGCCAUUCUGGCUGAUCGCGCGAAUGCCGGUGUGAUGAAGAAGCAAAAGAAGAAUAACAAGGUCUCGAGAGCACAGCGGAUGAGACAACAAAAGGGAAUGGACAGAGCCGAGGCGGUGUUGGAUCAAUUGGAAAUCAAGAAAGCCAAAAGCUUCGCCCGUGCGAGAGUUGUUGAUGGCCGAAGGGCUGACUGGGAGGAAACCAACCGCAAAGCCUCAGCUUUCGCUGCUCUCCAGAAGAAUGAUAACGACGAUGACGAGGAUGAUGAAGGCGAUGAUGACAUGACUGAAGAUGCCACUCCCGCGCGGACUCCUGUGGCAAGGAAUGUCUUUGAAAUGGAGGACGAGAAAGAGGAUAGCAACACAGCGAACGAUGCUACGGACGACCCUGCGGCUAUGGAAGAAGCCGACGAGAUUACCUGA